AUUAUCAAGAGUGCAUGUGAAUGAAGCUUAAGGUACAGGUACCAACCUUGCCGUAGGUACUUAAAAUUUGCACAGUACAUACAUAAGUACGCAUUGUAUGUACUUCAUUAUUGGCAAUAUCGGUACCUAACAAAGAUCAUCUCUGAGAACUUGAAGAAAGGAAUUUUCUUGCCCAUGUUAUUCGAAGAAAAUAAUCAGUUCAUCGAGAUGAAAUCUGCUGAGCAAAAGGUUGUGGACAGUACAGUAGGAGCUGAAAAUGGGUUGAAUGAAACAAAGCGUCCGAAUCCAGGGAUCGGUAAACGGCAUUUGCAGAGUUUAUUAUUAGCAUUAUGCGUCUUUUGCGGGUAUCUUCAAAGAGUAAAUCUAUCGGUAACUAUCGUGGCUAUGACAAAGUUUAAAAAUGCAGUCGAUGAAAAACAAAUCCAUGGAUUUCCUACUUACGAUUGGGGUAAUGACAUACGCAGUUAUCUGCACGCUGCUUUUUUCCUCGGUUACUUUGUCAUGAAUCUCCCUGCAGCUUGGCUGGGGGUACAUUUCAAUUUGAAGAUGCUUCUGAUGGUGACAUUCUUGAUAAAUGGCGUGUUGUCCUGUUGUACUCCAUUUUUAAUCAAUUUCACAUACACUGGAACUAAUGACAUCUUACUACAAAUCAAGUCAUGGGCUGGAAUUGGAAACUGGAGAGCUUUGGUUGUGCUUCGAGCUAUACAAGGAAUCCUUCAAGCAUUUAUGCUACCAACAAUUCACGCCAUUAGCGCCAAAUGGGCUCCUCCAAAUGAACGUGGUCGUUUAGUAGGAUUCAUAAUGGGUGGUAUACCUUUUGGAACAAUGGUCACUUUAGCAGGUUCUGGUCUCUUGGCGGGUAAUUCGUACCUGGGUUGGCCUUCGGUAUUCUAUGUUAGUGGUGCUUUCGGGUUAAUAUGGUCACUGUUCUGGGCAUGGUUUGGUUCAAGUAGUCCAGCAACACAUUCGACCAUUUCAUCUCAAGAGUAUAAUUAUAUUACCAGUGAAUUACCGAUUGACAAAACUAAGAAGAAAGUACCCUGGUUUGAGAUUCUAACAAGUCUUCACGUUUGGGCCAUUAUUGUUGCCCAUACCACACACAACUGGGGCUUCUGGUUACUCUUAUCUGAAAUGCCAACAUUUUUACACGUGGUUUCAGGCUUCAACAUUAAAUCAGAUGGGUUACUCUCUUCCACACCUUAUGCAACCAUGUGGUUAUUACAAUUUCCUGUAAUGUGGAUCGCUGAUGGACUAAAUAAAAAAGGUAUUACAUCGAUAACAGCUUCAAGAAAAAUUUGGACAUCCAUUGGUCAAUGGGGAGGAGCUAUCGGUUUAAUAGCACUAGGAUACCUGAAUAACAAUACAGCAGCAGCUGUGGCUUUUUACAUAGCUGUCAUAGGCAUUGGAUGCUGCUGCAAUGUCGGCUUCCAUUUAAAUCAUAUGGAUUUAACACCAAACUACAGCGGUAUUCUGAUGGGAUUAUCUAACGCUUUUGCAGCUACCGGAGGCCUCGGAGCUCCUCUACUUUUUAGCUAUUUUGUGCACGAUGUUUCUUCAGUUGGCGAAUGGCGGAUUGUUUUUUAUCUCGGAGCAGGCAUUUUAUUUUUUGGUAAUUUAUUCUUCGUGAUAUUCGCAUCUAGCAAAACUCAGCAGUGGAAUAAUAAGUAUACUUGCACACCCAGCCAUGAAUCUUGAAUCUUAGAUAAGUACAUACACGAACACGAGUAGCUUUAAUAUUGCGAGUUGAUUAUACUUGGAUUUUUUUUUAGUAAAAUAAUGCUGAAUAAAAAAGAUUUCAAGUGGAUAA